UCCGAUCUCAAAGGACUGGAACAGAUAAGAUGGCUGGGCCAAAACCUCGAGUGAUUGUCCUUACCAAGCCUCAGGGACAGAGCUUCGGAUUCUUCCUGAGGAUUGAGCAGGGAGAGGAAGGUCAUCUGAUUCGGGCCUUGGAGAUGGGUGGUCCAGCUGAACUGGCAGGGCUCAAGGACGGAGAUCGCAUCAUCAGGGUCAAUGGAACUUUUGUGGAUGACCUGGAGCACAACCAGGUUGCUGAUCUGGUGAGGAAAAGUGGAAUGACCGUCACAUUUCAUGUCCUUGGGGAGGAAGCAUAUAAUCAGGCCAAAGUCAAUGGAAUAAACCUUGCAGACCCACACUCCCACCCCACUCAAGGCCAGCCCACCAUGAAUGGAGUGUCUGCCCCAGCUCCUAAACUUAAACUCUGCUUUCUGCAGAAGUCCAGUGCUGGGUUUGGCUUCUCUUUGAAAUCCUGUAGAGGAGAUCAGGGAAUCUUCAUGAUGGAUAUAACUGCUGGAGGGAUUGCUGAUAAGGCAGGUGUUAAGGUGGGUGAUCGAGUGGUGGAAAUCAACGGAGAAAAUGUGGAGGGUGCUACACAUGAUCAAACUGUGGAAAAGGUCAAGGCUUCGGGAAACAGUAUAAUGUUCUUACUGGUGGAUGAGGAUACAGAUAAAUACUACAAAAACAAACGCAUCAAACUGGGGGCUGGGUUAGCCACAGUGAGGCACCUCCCACAGAAGCCACGCAUUGCUGAAAUGACCAAGGGACCCAGUGGUUAUGGCUACUUCCUUAAGGCAGAACCUAAAAUGUCAGGUCAUUAUGUUGGAGAAAUUGACCGUGGGAGCCCUGCAGAGAGAGCAGGGCUGAAGGAGAAGGACCGGGUGGUUGCUGUGGAGGGAGAGGAGGUAGAUGACUGUACACAUGAGGAAUUGGUGGACAAAAUACGACAGCUUGGAAACAGAUGCUGCCUCCUUGUGGUCGAUGCUGAAACAGACAAACUGUACAAAAUGGGUGCUGCUUCUCCCCUACUUUACUGGGAGGAAAUCAGGGGUUCCCUGCCUAAGCCAAGUCAACUUGAGCCUGAACCUAGCCAAGUCCCAGCACCAAUUCCAGCCCCAAUCCCAGUUCCAGCUGUACCAACUGCUGUUGAAGAAUCCUAUAAGCCCAAACUUUGUCGCCUGGAGAAGACAGCUGCUGGAUAUGGGUUCCACCUCAAUGGUAUUCAAGGAGUCUAUGGACAGUAUAUCAAAGAGGUGGUGAAGGGUGGAGCAGCAGACAGAGCCGGGCUGGAGGAUGAUGACAUUGUGGUGGAGGUCAAUGGUGUGAACGUAGAAAAGAGCAUGCAUGAGGAAGUUGUGCAAAUGAUCCGCAGCAGUGGUGACACCCUGGUCCUUCUAGUGGCAGAGAAGGCGGCCUAUGACCAUUUUAAAGCCAGAGGAAUCGCAAUCACCCCACAGCUGCUGGCUACAGAGCAAAAACCAGAGCCAUGUGCCCCUGCCAUCACACAGGAGGAACAAACCCAAAGAUCAGCCACCCCACCAGUUCAGCCUCGUGUGAGGACACCCUCCAUAUCAUCUACGUCAAGCAGUGAGGAUGUGAGACUUUGAGAAGGCCACGCCACAUUUUUGUCGAUGCUGGAUUAUAUUGAUAUUUAUGUCAUCAGUUUGCACAAUCAAAUUAAAAUGUCUUGUAAGUGGUAAAUAAUUACCCUGCAUAAACAGAUACUUUCUUGAAGGAAAAGCAAUCAGGGAUUAUGCCCUGUUCACAAACCAGGAUCACAUGUAUUGAUAAUGAUAAAUAAAUGAUGUAGCAGCGUCAUUAAGAAAUUAUUUAUUCAAGUAUCUGAGGGUCUCCUCCAUUUACCCGCAGUGAUCAUGAGAGAUGCCAUCACUGGCAUACCAAGAUGGGACUGUCCAACCUUUUAAGCAAACAAGAUGCACUUUUCCAAGCAGUUUCCCUGAAAUUAUAUAUUUUUUCCUCUUUUUUUCUGAUGGCAGUUUCACAUAAAAGUGAAAGGUGAUGAUUCUGUAAGAUAUUUGAUGCCAUUCAUGCAAUCAGGAGUGAGCUGUCUCUGCACAGAGUAAUAAAAAUAAACAUACUAGCUAAUAAAA